ACAGACAAACAGAGAUUACUACUUUAUAUAUAUUGACGCUAUAAACGUCUUUUGUUUAAAGGUAAAAUGCUGAAGAACAACUCAACUUUUCUUGGCAUGAGUACUGAUGAUUGUGGUAUGUUAUCAGUAAAUGAUAGGGAACUUAUCAACGAAUGUUCCUAUUGGCUUGAAGGGAUAUUGCUGACUUUCUUCGGAAUUUUCGGAAUCAUCGGAAACAUCAUUUCUGUAAUAAUUCUCUCGAGACAAAGUACAUCAUCCUCGUUCAACAGCCUCCUCAUUGCGUUGGAGGCCUUCGACACCAUCUUCAUCCUCUUCACCAUCAUGGACUACUCACUAGCUAGAGUAUUUGCUUGGCCGUGGAAGCAUGAUAGUGUGGUGUGGUUGUAUUUAAUCCCUCGGUUCUCCUACCCUCUCAACAACACCUCAUACUGCUGUUCUAUAUUCGUUACUGUGGCCAUAGCUUGGGAGAGAUACCUCGCAGUGUGUCAUCCAAACCAUUAUAGAACUAUGACUCUCACCUACUCCACUAAGCUUCGAGUGUUUUGGUACCUGGUUCCUGUAGUACUACUAAGUGUACUGCUAAAUGUUCCUAAGUUCCUAGAAACUGAAUACUACUACACCUCCACCAAAGAAGAAACCAACGCAACAAAUCUGUUGUUGGUACUUAAUGAGCAAAAUGCCUCAAACCUUCUCUCAGCAGAGGAUUGGAGCUUUCUAGUGAACUUCACAAUGGUACAUGACGAUCCUAAAGAGACUGUUAACAACACCCUGGCGGUCAGACUGACCAGCCUGAGAAACAAUCCAACAUAUGUGAAAUACUAUACUUUCCUUACAAGGAUGGUGAUCACAGGACUUAUUCCGUUCACAGCUCUUGUGUUCUUCAAAAGAGCAACCCAUCAACGUGUAAAUCAACGCCAACCCGCCACACAAACUGCAAACCGAAGACAGCAGCAAAUGCAGAGUGACAUAAACCUGGCGUUCGUCCUGGUCGUCAUUGUUGGGUUCUUUCUCCUCUUCAACAUCCCCCGCAUGCUCCUCAACAUGUUCGAGUUCAUCCACAUGAGCACCAUGAUCAAGUGUGGGAAUAAUCUCAUAUCUCCAGCCUGGUUUCAGUGUUUGACAGGGUUCAACCACCUGAUGUUAGUGAUGAAUGCCUCCACAAAUGUUCUGAUCUACUGUUCAUUCAACUCUGAGUUUAAGACUAUGCUUAAAAGUGGAAUAACGAGCUUCUACCGAAAAAUAAAGGGCCCAUCUCGUCGUAUUGACAAUGUAGAGAUGAAUCUGCUUCCUACCCCUCCUCGUCAGUCACGAGUCCUGCGAGCCUCAAGAGCUUCCCGAGGAUCCCGUGGACAGCGAACUGCCCAGCUAGAAGUUUCUCCUCCUCCUCCUCCUCCUCCCUCAGCUCUUUCGGAGUAUACUACAUUCUCAUCAAAUUCCAAUUGCAACAUUCCCUCAAGACGUGUUAGCCUCCCCAUCGAGUACACCACACAGAGGCUGGAUCUUCUGGACACGCCUUGUCUCAGCGAGGGGGACCUGUCCUCACCGUCCUUGAGUAGGCGGUACAGACUGUCUCCGCCCACUUUGAUUGUUGAAAGUGUUUUUCAAACUUCUUCAGAUAGUUGGGACAAACCAGACACGCCCACCCGUAGCCGACUAACGGUUUCCACGAUGGUGAAUGACAAGGCCACGCCCUUAAUAUUUUUAGAAGAUACAGUCUUACCUUUUGAUAUUCAGGUACGUUCUAGUAUCCCUGAGUGGUUGUAGAUUAUAUAUUAAGCGAAAACAUUCGUUCCGACCGACGAACAAGCCACAGCUAUUGGGCGAUGUCGCAAAACACUAUGAAAACAUACAUAAGAUAAUAAUAAAAGAUAUCUGAAUGUUAGUGUUAUAUGAAGUUCUAAAUUCCAUCGAGUGUAAAAUAUCAGCUUUAAUUCUAACUCCCCAUUAUCAUAAUGGGAUUAAAAGGUUUAUGUCUUAGCAAAUGUGACUAAAUUAAGAUGAAAGGGAACAAAAUAUCUAUAUCUUUUUCUUGAUUAUAUUGUUGUAUUUAAUACUCUUUAGUUCUAUGUUUUCCAAUAACCAAUUAUUGGCAUUUACAAGAACAUGUUAUGAAAAACAAAAAAUGGAUUUAAUGUUAAUCUGUUUUUAGUUUUGUUUAUAAAACAACGCUGCUAAAUAUCAUCGGUCAGAGUACUGAAAAUUACUGCAGAACGCCGCGUAAUGUAAAUCCUUUAAAAAAGUCGUUCUCUAAAAUUCUCAGCAUAUUUUAGCUUUUCUAAUUUGUCCUUAUUUGUAAAUUAAGAACGGACAGUG